GUCAAAUGAAGUUUCUUUUUUUCCAAGGAAUUGAAAACCCACACACAUGUUUAUUUCAACUGUGCAACACGAUGUAAGUACAUAAUGCUUUGAAGCAGGACUUCCUGUGAUUGAGGGUACAAACCCAAUCCGCCAUAGACAAAAUGCAGAAUCAUCAUCUAAGAUUUUUGACAUGCCUUGUACAAUAUCAAGUAACCAAGGGUAAUAAAUGCGGUCACGUGUGACCUUUUGAAAGAGGAUAAACAAAGAAACACAGUGUCAAAUAUCUGUUAUGUCUGGUUUUACAAUACUCGCCGUCCUGAAGACGUUAGCGUUGCUCGCCUCGACAAUUCUACUGUUGUCUAGUUUUGUUUCUGUCUAUAAACUGCAAAAAAAACAUGAUAUAUUAAGCGUUGAAAAACCUGACAUGUCCACCACUGUAUUCACCGCAGAAAUCUUGCCGAAAGAUGAGAGGCUUAUGGCUACCAUUGGUAAUGGCUUUUUGGCAACUAGAAUAUACAGCGAUUCGGUGUUCAUUAGCGGUGUUUAUAACGGUCGCGGUAGAGAACCGAGUCAUAGAGCUAGAGUGCCUUCGACUGUCUCAGUGCGCAUGUCAGUUCGGGAAAAUGCCACAAAUCGGUACUCUCUGGACGUCAAAAGAGGUAUCUUCACACAUCGAUUGGAAGGAAACGGAUACACCGCGGAGCAGUAUAUUUAUGCUCACAGGAAUUUACAGAACAUCAUGGUCGUCGAGUUUUGCAUUCAAAACUUACUUAAGAAGAAGUUAGAAAUUAUUUUGGAAACAACAAGAGGGAAUAAAAGCGAGGACAUCAACUUCAAUUCCGUCCCGAGGAAUGAAAUGCCUUUAAAUACCCUAAACGCCGAAUACGGAUCUAUCAACACCACAGAGGAAAGAAAUAGCAAAAAAGUUGGAGUAGCUAUAGUGUGGGAUGAAAUACCGAGUGUGCUGAGCAUUGCUCCCGGAAUGGAAAAAACGUUUUAUUUCCUAACUGCCGUCGUGACCAGCUUGAAUACAGUUCGUUACCUCGAGAGCGCUUUCGACAGUCACAAGGAAGCAAGGAUGCUAGCAAACAAUCAUGGUUUACAAUCCUCGCAUAUUAAGGCAUGGGCUGAACUUUGGGAGGAAUCAAAUAUUGAAGUUGUCGGCGAUUUGAAAUUGGCGCAAGCUGUCAAAGGCAGUUUGUACUACAUACUGAGCUCCAUUCGCUCAUCCUGGCCUUAUGGCCUGAGUCCUGGUAGUUUAUCAAGCAACGAUUACUGGGGUCAUUCGUUCUGGGAUACAGAGACAUGGAUGUAUCCAUCAUUACUCCUCUUGCACCCUGAAAUGGCGAGAGAUCUCUUAUUGUACAGAUUUCAACGCAUGGAUGCGGCAAGAGAGAACGCAAAAAAACACAACGUUUCUGGUACGAUGUUUCCAUGGGAAAGUGCAUUCACAGGCUCUCCUGUUUGUCCGGAAGAAAUCUACUCAAAUUUUGAAAUUCACAUCACGGGUGAUAUCGGGUUUGCGGUCGAACAAUAUUGGAUGGUUAUCCAAGAUCACGAAUGGCUUCAUGAGGUUGGAAUACCGCUGAUAAAAGGAAUCGCGGAGUUUUGGGCAAGCCGCGUCACUUAUGACAGUGUUAAUGACGAUUACGUCAUUAAUCACGUGAUGUGCCCAGAUGAAUACCAUUCUAAUGUGAAUAAUUCCGCAUUUACAAACGCAGUGGCAAAGCGAAAUCUCGAAUUUGCCUUAAAGGUGGUACCUUCUGCUCCCGCUCGCUGGAAAGAUAUUGCACAGCGGUUACGCAUUCCUUUCGAUACCAGUCUUCGUUAUCAUCCGGAAUACGACGGAUAUCAAUUGAACGAGACUGUUAAACAGGCGGAUGUGAUUUUGUUGGGCUACCCUUUGAUGAUUCACAUGACGAAAGAUAUCAGGGAAAACGAUCUCAAUAUCUACGAACGACGAACGGAUCCCAACGGCCCGGCAAUGACGAAAGCAAUGUUCGCCAUUAGCUGGAUGGAACUGGGUAGCAAUAGGAAUGCUUCCAGGUCGUUUCGUGAAAGCUAUCAAAAUGUGCGCGAGCCAUUUAAAAUCUGGACAGAGUAUCCAUCAGGAGACGGUGCGGUGAACUUUAUCACUGGAAUGGGUGGGUUCUUACAGGCAGUAAUUUUUGGCUUCGGUGGGUUACGAAUACAUUCCGAUGCAAUCUUGUUGAAUCCACGGCUUCCCGAGAACGUUGAAACGAUGCGUUUUCGCGGUUUGCAUUAUCGUGGCAACGUUCUUGACUUAACAAUCGGCUUAAACGAAAGUUCAAUCUACGCAAAAUCGUGUGAGAUUCAAUCGAGCCCACUCGUUUUACGUGUAAUUGCCAGCGGUAGAGAGGAGUAUUUGACUAUUGGAAAGACCGUAUCUUUUAAAAAUGAUGAAGUAUUUAUUCAAGUCUCUGAAAAUGGGAAACUGAAAAUUUGACUUUCGUGAAGGAUUUGAUGAAGACUUUACGCAUGUAGAAUGAUAAUUCAAAUUUUUCGGUUAAAGUCUAAAAUGAGAUAAAAUUAGCCUAUAUAAUGAUGAUUUAAAUAUAGAAUCUAUGAACUAUCA